GAUGCAUCCGCUUUCUUCCCCUGAAAUUUCUGCAGAUGCUAACAUUCAGCGCCAAGCAUGGGCCAAUCGAGUGCGGCGCAUCGUCAUCUCUUUGCGCACUCGCAGUCUCAGCGGGCGAGCGUUGAGCGAUCUGGCGCGUGGAUUCGCUUCCGGCAUGUCAUGCCGCGCCGACGUGGAUCUCCAUCGCAUCGCGCCUUUGGUCUGUUACCUGCUCAAACUUCCGCUAAUGAUCGGUAUGCCCGCCUCGUCUCAUCCUUGCGAAACUGUGUGCGAUUGCUAUGAGUCUUCCUGAGCAAACUCGGGAGAGCAGUGUGGUAUUACAAGAGGUAAGCAAUGAUUGGUGUGGUGUAUGAGCUGAAGGGUGAGAUGCAGGUUUCCAGCCCUUUUU